GUCGUGACGUCACCCCGACGGACAACCGCCGAGUCCACCCGCAUACGACGGCUCCUCGGGCGGCGUCGGUUAUGUUCGGCGGCUUGGCCUUCGGAACCCCUUGCGGAGUUUUAAGCCACGAAAAUUAACAAGAAGAACGUAGGCGACGGAGAACUAAGGUUUUAGGUGUAGAAUGUAGCACAAUACUUCACACACAUAGCUUGGCAACAAAAGCACGAAACUUGAUCCCGUGUAUCGCUUGCAUUUCCGCUUCCGUUCUCUUGUUCACUGCCGCUAUCACCGCGAUGGAUGAACACCGAAAGUUGCUGCUUCUGAAAAAGAAAGUGCUUCUUCUUAAGAAGAAGGAGCUUUUGCGCAAGAAGAGCUGGUGGGUUCGACCUGUUUGGGAAGAUAGGAAGACUGAAAGUGAAUUCCACACAGCAAUGCGAAAACUGAGAGACAGCGGGGACAACAGCUACUUUCAUAAGUACUUUCGCAUGGGUCCCGAAGUUUUCGACAUGCUGCACAAGUUGGUCGAAGAUGAUCUGCGAAAGGCCCACCUCUGCAGAGAACCGAUUUCGUCAGCUGAGCGACUUGCAUUUACACUGAGGUACCUGUCAUCCGGCUUAGAUGUUAAGGAUGUGGCAAUGGCCUUCAGAGUGGGACUUGAAACUGCACGCGAGGCUAUUCACCUAACUUGCAAUGUUCUCUGGGAAAGACUGAGGGACCUGUACAUGAAGCCACCAGGUCCUGCAGAAUGGGCAGACAUUGCGAGAGGCUUUGAUGAACGGUGGCAGUUUCCAAACUGUCUAGGGGCAGUUGACGGCAAACACGUCAAAAUUGUUGCGCCGAAAAAAACUGGGUCCCAGUACUACAACUACAAGGGGACAUUUUCGAUAGUCCUGAUGGCUGUCGUAGACAGCUGCUACAGGUUUGUCCUGAUUGAUGUUGGCGCUGAGGGACGACAAAGUGAUUCUGGAGUGUUCAAGGCAUCUCCAAUUGGCCACCACCUUGAAAGCGGCACCUUGGACACCCCAGGGUUGAAGAAACUGCCUGGAAGCGACCUGGUGACUCCCCACGUGUUUAUUGGUGAUGAGGCGUUCCAACUGCGACCUGAUUUUCUGAGGCCCUACCCAGGCCUCGGCCUGCCUACAGAAAAGAGGGUCUUCAACUUACGGUUGAGCCGUGCCAGGAACUGCGUUGAAAACGCAUUCGGCAUUCUCUGCGCACGGUGGAGGAUCCUGUUGAGGACCAUCAACUUAAUACCAGAAAAUGCAGAUGGUGUUGUAAAGGCAGCUUGUGUGCUUCACAAUUUCCUGAGCACUCACAACAAUGACACUGUGGGCUAUGGUGACAAUCAGGAUGUCUACAGCAACAUUACUGAAGGAAGAUGGCAUCAGGAGCUGGAGGGUUGUUCAAUGUUGCCUUCUCUGCAUCGCACCCAUGCAAGAAACUUCAGCAGGGAUGCCGCUGCAAGCAGGGAAGCAUUUACUAAAUACUUCUGUAGUCCAGCUGGGGAGUUGUCAUGGCAGUGGGCAAGGGUACAACCACAGUGAAGGGCAGUUUCUUCAUGAAAGAUGUGCAUUAGGAUUGUCACCUCUCCGGAUUUCACCCGAACAGUUAUGGAAUUGAAGUCUUGCUUUUUGUGUCUGGGUGAAGGUGAAAUGCAUACAGUGGACAGGUGCGCAGCUCCCCAUAGAGUGCAUAGUUUGAGAUAGCUCACACAGAACUGGGCACAAUGUAAAUGAAAUUGAUAGGACCAAUAAAAAUGCAACGUUAUGCAUUCCAGCUGGCCAAAAAGGGGUUGUGACAGGUCAUCCCAGGUUAUCCCAGAUAAACAUAAAAAAUUGUUAUUUGCACUGAUGUGAACCUGCACUGAAAGAAUAGAAGCAUAGAAGCAAA